AUGUCAAUACUUGAACAUAUCCCCGAUGGGGUACCAGACGGCGUAUCCGAAACAAUGGCUGCCUUUAAAGGAGAUGGAAAUAAACUGAAAGUGAACCUAAGUCCCGGACUAUACUGCGACGAGAAUGCGAAGCCAUGGGUCUUGCCUGUAGUGAAAGAGGCAAGACAUAGCCUUAUAUCAGAUGGUACUCUCAACAUCUCCCCCCAGACAGGCGACCCUGGUUUUGUGUCCGCGGCGAGAGAAAUCAUGUUUGGUGAUGCAUUGGCUGAUAAAUCAAUCACAUCUAUUCAAACAAUCGCAGGGACUGGGGCGAACCAGUUCGCCGCACGAUUCCUGUCUGAUACCCUGCAGCCCGAAACCGUGUGGCUUUCCGAUCCCACCUGGGAGAAUCACACUAAGAUCUGGAUGCAUGUCAAUCCUGCGAUCAAACAACGAUAUUAUCCUUAUUUCGACUACAAGACAUCGACACUGGACGUUGAAGGCAUGAUCUUCUUAUUAAGAGCGCAGGCGUCCAAAGGGGAUGUUCUUAUUCUACACGCCUGCGCACACAACCCAACCGGGCUCGAUCCUUCUAAAGAUGAUUGGCAGCGGAUCGCAGAGGUUUGCGAAGAGAAACAGCUAUUCCCAGUCUUUGAUUGCGCUUAUCAAGGGUUUGCCUCGGGGAACAUAGAUGACGACGCUUGGGCGAUACGCCAUUUCAUAACACGUUCCAAGGGUCCCAUUGAGUUGGCAGUGGCACAGUCGUUUUCUAAGAACUUCGGGCUUUACAGUGAACGGAUCGGCUGUCUCCAUAUCGUAACGAAGAGUCCAAACAUCGCGGCCAAGGUGGACGCACUACUGCGGACGAUAUCGCGGGCGCAGAUCAGUUCAGCGCCAGCCUUCAGCGCCAAAGUUGUCGCAAUGAUCUGGGAAACACCAGAGCUGAAGCGAAAAUGGCAUGGUGACCUGCAGACUAUGAACACUAGGCUUAGGAAGAUGAGAGCGAGACUGCACAGUGAGCUCACGAAGAGGAAGACCCCUGGGGAUUGGGAUCACUUUUUAACGGAUAUUGGAAUGUUCUCUAUGACUGGAUUCCCUCUCCAAAAAGUCAAGAGACUUAGAGAGGAGUUCCAUGUGUACUUGAUGCCCACCGGCCGACUCUCUUUCACAGGCUUGACGGAAGGAAACGUCGAAUAUGUUGCUGAUUGCAUGCACCAAGUCUCACUAGAGUAG